AUGUCACCCGAAAUCAUCCUUCAUCACUUGAACGCCUCCCGCUCAGAGCGAAUAUUCUGGCUCCUCGAAGAAUUAUCACUCCCUUACACCGUCCAGGUCCAUAUUCGAGGUCCUUCUCGAACCGCUCCACCUUCCCUACUCAAAAUAUCUCCCACCGGCAAAGCGCCGGCUUUGAUUCUUGAUGGUCAAACAUUAACCGAAUCCGCAUAUAUCAUCUACAAACUUCUCCGACUUCCUGACGUCCAAUCUAACAAAGAUCAAUUGGACGUUCAAGUGGAUUCGACAGAUGAUGAUGUAUUCUGGAGUCACUAUGCCGAAGGAAGUAUGAUGAAUCUCUUUCAGGCUUCUGCUAUUGUUGGUGCGACCUCGGACGCCUGGGUCAAUGGAAUGGUCGUGGGACAGUUGGACGAAGGGGACAAGAAGGCUGUACAGGGUUAUAGUGGAUUCUUAACUACUAAAUAUUUGGGUCCUCAAAUGCAAAAUACCAUUGAUUUUGCCGAAUCAGCUAUCAACAAGACCCAACACGGCUGGUUUUCUGGGGCCGAUAAACCAGGAUCAGGCGAUUUCAUGAUGUUCUUCGCUAUCAACUCCCUCUUUGCUGGUACUCGAGCUGGAGCUUUCAAUGUUGGUGAUGGGCUGAAGGGAUGGUAUGAUAGAGUAUUAGAGAGACCUGCUGCGCAGAGAGCAUUGCAGAGGAUCAAGGAAGAAGAGGAAAAAGCUAAAUCAAAGAUGUAG